UUCAUGUCCCAAACAGCCGCCACUGUGCUAUGUCUUCGUCUUCCCCCUUGAGCACCGAAAACCUUUCAGUGCGCACCUCACUGCAGUUUCGGAGCACUCUCUGUCGCUCUCUCCCCUGCGCGCCGCGCAUAGAUACUCGGAUUGGACAACUGGGUACUUCCCAAGUUCCCAACUUCAAUCGUGGCAUGUCCUGUUUCGUUUUCAAGCUUGUCGUGUCAUCCCAUCACUCGGUGCGUGUGCUUUCGCUCCCUUUUCCGAAUCUAUGAGGCAUGCUGAUUCAGUGGUGUGGGAAAGCUCCGUCUUUGUCGAAGAUUUCGGAAGAAAGCAGCUUCGUUUUGAUCGCUCGGCGACUUUGAGCUAUUCAUGGGUGUAUGUUUACAUAGGAAUGCACGUUUUACCGGUAUCUACUUGCUUCGUCAUUCCGCAGUUCUACGAAAGCAACCACCUUUUAGAUUGCGUUAUGCGGUCUCUUCGGCCGCGCUGGUCGAGGACCAUGUGUUUGAUGAAAUUCCAGAGGUUGAGACUUGGAGACGUGCCGUGACGUGUAGGCACGAAGGUGGAAGCCACGUGUUUGAGGAAAUUCCAGAGGCCGAGACUUGGAAAUCUGCGGUGAUGUAUAGGCGCGAAGACAGAAGCCAUGUGUUUGAUGAAAUUCCAGAGGUUGAGACUUGGGAACCUGCCGUGACGUAUAGGCACGAUGAGAGAAGUAAGUACAGGUUGUUCUCUUUAGUCGGUAGAAUGCUAAAGUCUUUGAAUUGGGAGGUCGCCUGGAGAAUUAGAUUCCAGAGAAUUGUAAACGAACACGGGUUCAAAGAUUCCAUUGUCGUCCUUAGGACGAUGGUUCAUGUUUUUGCGGUCGCGGGCAUGCGGCUUGAAGUUUACGCCUUGCUAAGAGAUAUGGUUUGCUAUUUCAAGGAGUCGAAUGUGGAUAUGUUAGGAUUGACCGACUUUCUGCUUGAUAGGCCGGCUGAUGUGGUCGGAUUGGCUGUUAUUUAUAAUGCGCUGAUAAAGGUCUUCGCAGCCAAUUCGAUGCUUAAAAAUGCCGAAGAUCUGUUUUCAGAGGGUACGAAAUAUGGGCUCGAGCCUGAUGUCUACUCAAGCAACUUCCUGCUCAAAUGCUUAGUUGAAGCAGAUAGAGAGGUUUUUGCUAAAAAAUUAUUUGACAUCAUGAAAAAGCGUGGGCCAGCACCUAAUGCAAGGACCUACACAAUUAUGCUGAACUCUCUUUGUAAACUAAAUCUCAGUGAUGAUGUAUUCCUCAGCCACGCUUCAGCAAUCCUGGAAGAAAUGGAGAAAAGUGGGAUAAGCCGCACCGUUGUAACAUAUGGUACAUUCAUACGUGGACUUUGUAAAGUUGGUGCCAUUGGGGUCGCUUUGGAUUUGUUACGGACAUUACAGAAGGUUGACCUACCUUUAAAUGAUUAUUGUUUUAAUGCUGUUAUUCAUGGUUUUUGCCAUAAAGGCCAGUUGUCAGAGGCACUGGAAGUACUGGAGGAGAUGCGGAACUAUGGUGUAUUUCCAGAUGUCUAUAGCUAUGGCAUUUUAAUUGAUGGGUUCAGCAAGAAGGGGGAUGUUGAGAAAAGUCUAAGUCUGUUUCACGAGAUGGAAGUUUCCAACAUUAAACCUACAAUAGUUAGCUAUAGCUCGCUUUGUCAUGGUCUAUGUAAGGCAGGUUUGAUGGAAUUGUCACAUGGUUUUUUCCGAGAUAUUGGGUAUCGUGGCUAUGAGUAUGACAGUAUUGCUUAUGACAUCUUAAUCGAUGGUUUCGUAAAUCAGGGUCAUGUCGGUUCUGCCAACAGACUUUUUCAAGAGAUGAUUAAUCAUAAUGUUCAUCCCUGUGCUUCCACCUUUACAAAUAUUAUUCGCGGAUUUUGCCAAUAUUGCAGAGAAGGAAAUUCUGAAGAAGCUUUGAAACUGGAUCAGGACAUAUUUCGCACCUCUUAUAUGUAUACUACAGCUAUAAACAGACUCUGCAAGGAGGGAAAACCAGAAAAGGCAUGGGAGCUCCUCGCUCCAAUGCUUAAGAAAAAUAUUUUCCCAGAUGUUGUUAUGUGUAGUAUUCUUAUGGACGGUUUUGCAAAGAACUCAAAGUUGAAUGAAGCUCGAAAGUUGUAUGGGAAAAUGCUAAAAGCUGGGAUCAUGCCUGACGUGGUCACGAAUACCAUUCUUAUUACCAUUUUGUUUCGUGAGGGACAUGUGGAUGAAGCUUAUAUUUUGUUCAUGGAGAUGAUAAAAAAGGGUUUGCGUCCCGAUGCUAUAUGCUACACAUCUAUCAUAGCUGGCUUCUGUAGACUUGGGGAAAUUAAGAUAGCUUGGGUAUUAUUCAAGCAAAUGUUAAAAAAAGAAGUUCUUCCUAGCGUUUUUACUUUUACCUGUCUGAUUGAUGGAUUCUUCAAGCAAGGACGCGUGGACUUGGCUGAGCGGUUGUUUCAAGAGAUGAAAGAUCAAAGAGUUGAUCCUGAUGUGGCAACAUACAAUGUCCUUGUAGCUGCCUAUCACAGAACUGGCAAUAUCAAGAAAAAGGAAGAGAUGCUUCUUGAAAUGCAGAAGAAUGGGUUAGAAACCGUGGAGUGGAUGAGAGAGUAAUUUGAUAAGCCCUAGAAGGUGAGUCAUUCAUACUCAUAUUCAGUUAUUAUUUUUCUAGUGUCUUCAAUUUCUGUAUAGUUCGUGACUUUUUCAAAAUUAGUGGCAUUUGAAAAGGGCGUCUUGAUGAGAAUCAAUCAACUUGGAGUCGAAUGUAUUUAGGAUAUGCAUCGAAAGCCUUGGUCUCGAUGCUCUAAAUCUUUGUUGAUUUCAUGCUGUAAAUGUUAAUGCCGUAGGACAGCCGAUGUUGAUAUUACCGAAGUCUUACUGGUUUAUUGAGGCUGCUUCACGACAUCUGUAAGAACAUGUUUGUGUAUGCAUGUUGUGGAGUGGCCAUCAAGUUCACUUACAUGGGGUCUACGGGAGUGUGCAUGUGUGUAUGCAUGGGCUGUAUGGAUCCACCGAGACGCACCUUUUGCAUGAAAGAAAUUUAUGCGAGAUAAUAAAUCUACACGAACAUUCUAUAGUAUUACAUAUUUGGCAAAGCAAGGUGAGACUGCUAUGUAACGAACAUGUCGAACACAUAUUUGCCAGUUACUAAAAAAGUCCAUGUUUACCAGUUAUUGGGGGACUGAAAGAAUCAGAAUAGUCUGUUGACCAGAAACUUACCAGGCGAGGCUCAGAGCUGGUGGUUCUCUUCAACUCUCCAGUUUUAACGUGGCCAAUAAAAUAAAGGAAAAAGCUAGAAAGUCCUUGUUGAAGCACCUGAACAUGUCCAGCUGUCCCAAUCAUUUCUUGGGAGCUUAGUUUCCAUGUAGACAGGUGUCAUUGCCCAAAAGAAUGAUCCAUCGGAGAGCUUGGUUUAGAAGUUCAUUAUGUUCAACGCUGAUACCUCCAAUACUGCAGGUACGGAAGAGGAAGAGGAACCAUCUAGCAUCCUUUUGGAGCUGCUUGAUUUAGCGAGGGAUGCCGAUACCAUAUGGAAGGCUCACGACAGACAUCUCAAGCUCUUCUUUAAACAGUAGGAUUGCUUCAGAGUUAAAAAAGCGUCAUGUGGCGGUGUUCUUUUCUAGUUUCAGACAGUCUAAGAUAAUCAAAUGGGAUGCUUCUGCUCCUUCACCGGUCCAAUCGUCAUGCAUAUCCAGUGUUCCGAACCUGCUGUGGACAGCUGGCUAUGGUUUUCCAACAGCCAUAAACCCAAGCACUGGUGCCGCAGGGGAAUCCUGGCUUCACCCGUCAGACGGUAAUUGUUUGUACACGGAUACAUGAACAGAGCAACAUGUGUUGGCACAUUCUUUAGGCGUAUGGUCUUUCAUUAGGGCCUCGUUGUUGUUAGUUUCUUAGGGCCUCGUCAAGAGUCAUGGACUUGUCUGACCUUGUGAUUAUCGAUGUGGUUGGGCGAGGGGGAUUGCAAUACCCGAUAGGCAUUCGUCGGUUGCCAACUGCCGACCCCAACAACAGUACGUGAUAUAUGCUUUGUCAAAUACAAAUACGCAUACAAGAUAAAUGUAUAUGCAUUUACAAACACACCGCCAAACUCGUACCAGUGUGAUUAUAUUGGUAUUUACUCC